AUGAAGGUUGCUAUCUGCCUGUUCGCUGUCAUUGCCCUGGCCCUGGCUGCUCCCCAGCGCGACGGAGGUGCCCUCACCGAUGAAGCUAUCCGGCAGGCACAGUCCCAGCAGCUGAUCCCGCAGGACGCACAGAUCCAGGGUGUUCAGCAGGGUAUUCAGGUGGCCGCCCUUGAAUCGAUCCCCGGAAGCCAGCGUGUCGAUCUGUUCCAGCUGCUCGGAGACCAGGUCCCGCGUGAGGUCAUCACCAACCUGCAGUCGCAGGUCGAUCAAGUUGGCCAGGUCUAA